UUUACAACUGGUCACAUGCUCUGGGCUUUUUAAGGCAAUGUUUGGAGUAGCGUUUUAACGGCUUGAAAUAAAUAAUGGAAAGGGGAUUUUAAUGGCUUUGAGGUUUUAGUAAGUUAACUGUCCAUGGACGGUAUAUUAUAGGAAGACGAAGCCAGCAAUUGAGGACCAGUGUUGAAGACUGAAGGAGAUCAUCUUGGUGUGGUGGUGUAUUCUUAGUUGAGAUUGCUUACAGAAGGCUCUGUCACUGACAAGGGAGAUGUCAAGUACAGCCAUGAAGAAAAAGGUGUUAUUGAUGGGAAAGAGUGGUUCAGGAAAGACCAGCAUGAGAUCAAUCAUCUUCGCCAACUACAUUGCCAGAGACACUCGCCGUCUGGGAGCCACAAUUGAUGUGGAGCACUCCCAUGUGCGCUUUCUGGGCAAUCUGGUGCUGAACCUGUGGGACUGUGGAGGGCAGGAUACCUUCAUGGAGAACUAUUUCACCAGUCAGAGAGAUAACAUCUUCCGGAACGUGGAGGUGCUGAUAUACGUGUUCGAUGUGGAGAGCAGAGAGUUGGAGAAGGAUAUGCAUUACUACCAGUCCUGUUUGGAAGCCAUCCUUCAAAAUUCACCUGAUGCUAAAGUCUUCUGCUUGGUGCACAAAAUGGACCUGGUUCAGGAAGAUCAGAGAGAUUUGAUCUUUAAAGAACGUGAGGAAGACCUGAAGAGGCUUUCCCGCCCACUGUUAUGUACCUGCUUCAGAACCUCCAUUUGGGAUGAGACACUUUAUAAGGCGUGGUCCAGCAUUGUCUAUCAGUUAAUCCCAAAUGUCCAGCAGCUCGAAUCUAACUUGCGCAAUUUUGCCCAGAUCAUUGAGGCAGAUGAGGUUCUGCUUUUUGAAAGAGCCACCUUUCUGGUGAUCUCUCACUAUCAGUGUAAGGAGCAACGAGAUGCGCACCGCUUUGAGAAGAUCAGCAACAUUAUUAAACAGUUUAAGUUGAGCUGCAGUAAAUUGGCUGCUUCCUUCCAGAGCAUGGAAGUGCGUAACUCCAACUUUGCUGCUUUUAUUGAUGUGUUCACCUCCAACACCUAUGUCAUGGUGAUCAUGUCUGACCCUUCCAUACCCUCUGCUGCGACCCUCAUCAACAUUCGUAAUGCCAGGAAGCAUUUUGAAAAGCUGGAGAGGGUGGACGGCCCCAAGCACAGCUUGCACAUGCGCAUGCGUUAGACAUCUAAACCCUCUCCUCAGAGGGCCUGCGUGCCAGGGAAAUGGCACCCUGGGGAAUUCCUCAUAUCUGCUGACUUCACUGCAUCCAGGGUGGUUUUCUAGAGACUUUUGCCAUUUUUUUAGAUGAAACUUUGCCGUACCUUUUCCUUGGAAGACCUGAACAUGAGGCUGGUUGGGAUUGAUGAGGAACUGGGUGUAAUCAUGGGAAAACAAGUGAGAUGUUGGGUCAUAAAAAUUGACAUUUUAAGGAUGAGGCACAUUUUAAAUGUCCCUUAACAUAUGAUCAGUGCCAUACAGUAAGCUAAGUAAUUUAGACUUGCACAUCCCCCCCCCCCCCCCCCCCCCGGCCUUUUUUUGGUGUGUGGUGUUGUACAACUGCUGCCUGCACUGCAGCUUGAAACAAUAUGGUUUGUUCCAAAAAAUGUUGUAUGAAGAGAACAGAACCACAUUCUUGUUCACUGACCAUCUCAAAGGAAGCAAAAGUUCACAUCCCUCCUUUUUCUGUGAUGUUUAUUUCCCUAUUUAUUUCUUGGUGAUGGCAAUGCAAAUAAAAGCAAAGCAGUUAAACUCG